CCAAGAUACCCCCAAGACGGCCCCAAGACGCGUUCGGACAUCUGCUCGAGGCGGGCUUGCUCGAGGCAGGCUUAAUUCUACAUCUCCCGCUUUACCUUUUCGCGCUGUUCCCCUCACGCAACCAUGGCCUUCAUGGCGAGAGCUUUUUCACUCGCUGGCCUGUUGACUACCGUGGGCGCGCAGCAGAAAUCAGACUACAAGGAAGUCAUGCCAGCAGCAGCAGGAACUGGAUAGAAUCCGGAGUGCAAGGACCUCGAGACAGUCGGCGAGUGGCAAAAUGUACAGUAGGCGGCCCAGUGCAAGAAGUAUGCCACGAUGGUGGGGGGCACGUUUUCAGAUCUGCAAUCCGGUCAGGCACCGUUCGGUUGCUCCGUGGGCGACUGGGAGACAGCUGACGAAUACUACUACGUGCCAGACGCGACGCCCAAACAUGGCCCGACAAGCCAGGAGUACCACAACGUCUGCAUCUCGAUCUCAUACACCCCACCCCCCCCACCCCCUUGCCAGGGCAUGACCUGCCUUGAGAGGUUCGUGCAUUAUUGCGAGCAGAGCAAGGCGGACUCUGGCUCCAACAACAACGCGGCGGCGCCCAGGAAGUCUCCGAAGGACAUCCUCGUUGCCCAGUGCCCCGACUGCGAUGCCGUCGCCGACACGGACAUUUGCCCAACGAAGCUUCGCUUGUACGAUGAUGCUCAGGAGGCGGAGCCGACCUCGAGGCUCGACAAGACGUCAGUUGCGGUAUCAGUGCCGCUUGGAUUGGUGUCCGCUCUCGUCGCUAUGGGUGCGCUCGCCCGCGUCUCCCGCAGCCGCGCGUCCAACCAGCCAGUGCCCGUGGAGGACGAGCAAGACUUGCUGCGCAAGUGAACGAGUACGCCUGUGGCAGUAGCUUGGGACCAGAGGACACAAAGCUUGCCGAGUCCCGCAUGCUCUUCUGAGAUGCCUCCCCGCCUGACGUGCGCAAUCGCUUUGCGCCAGCUCAGCGAUCAAAGUCGCGUGCCUCUCUCUUUCUCGCUCUUUCACACGAGCGACCCUACAUCCCGCUUACCUCCCUCCUCCCGACGUCCCCGCAGCCCUGCGUGUGCCCUGGCGCCGCUCGGAACGCAGUAAGGAGACCAACCUUCUGCAGGCUCACUGCAGGCUCUGGGCGCAGCCUCACUUUGACUUGAGUUUGAAGUUUCGCUACGCGCGAGUCGCGAGGAAGCUUCGCUCCAUUUUUCCCGUCUUCCAAACAAGUUAUGGCCAUGACGGCCCCUGGAGAACAUCAGGAUGGCCCCGAUAUCCCCCCUCCUCACCCCGCCUCGCCUGGCCCUCUUUUAUAUCCUCUUUCCUCGCCUCCCUCGUUCUCCUCUUCCUCCGCAUGCUGCCCCUCUCUCAUAUACUCAUUGCCUUUCCGAAUGGUUCUCUGCAGCGUAGAUUCUUCAGCGUGUCAACAAGUCGGUUUGCCACUCCCGCCUGGACUUAUGCUGACAUAUCGGGUUGCUGACUGUUCAGUUGCGGAGAUUUUCCGCUGGGCCGUUCGGUAUGUUCCUCGCGCCCAGGUGUGUUAGUUUGCUGGACCGUCUCGCUGGCUGGAUCCGCUUGCGGACAUCCCAGCAUGUCAGAUUGAGGUGCCUUUCGCUCCUAAUUCUUCAUGCGGCCUCCCCUCUCACAUGCUCCAUCUUCAGCGUGUCAGCAGUUUUGGGCGUGUUAGGCUGACAAGCUGGGGGGGCGCCCUUGGCCGCGCCCUACCUGCACAAGCUCCUCGCCAGCUUGAGGCACCUCCAAGACGGCGUGAGAGAGGUUUAGACGGUACCGAAGACGGCCCAAGAUCAAUCCAAGAUCGCCCAAGAUGGCAACAGCACAGCCCAAGAGGCCUCCAAGAUACCCCA